AUGGCGGCGGCAGCAGCAGCAGCGGCAGGGCAGCAGCACGGAGAGGCAGGCGGCGGUGGCACGCAGCAGCGUGGUGGAGCACAGAGCAGUGGCGGUGGCGCGGGGGACUUCGGCGAUAAAGACUCUCUAAAUUGCAAUCUCAGUGUCAACUAUCGUGAGCUACGUGGACAGUGCUCAGUGAAUCGAAAUCCUCUCCUUCGUUUUGGUGAUGGAAAACAGGAGGGAAAUGUCACUGAGCUGUGUCCUUAUUUGUUCCAAAGCCUGAAAGACACUUUAGGAGUGAUGUGGAGCCUGCAAUCAGGUAAUGAUGCCUUACAAGUCACCACAAAUUGUCAAUAUACUCAAGAAAAAUUGAUUGAUGGAUACGUGGAGAUCAUAAAAUUUAAUGAGAAGUAUAGAUUUUAUCCACUUAAUAAAACCUGGAAAGAAGGUCAUUCUGAAGCCAGCGGUGCCAUGGAGCAAUGGAAGAACGACAAGGAACUAGAACAAGGUCUCAGUAAAGUCCUCACAGGAGAUUUCAGUGACUGCCUCAACAAAUUGUUGCCACACUCCAGAGAAAUACCAACCUUACCAACCACUCCUGCACAUAUGGACCAACUUUCUUCCAUGGCAUGCAGUUCCAAACCCUCUGUCCAACAGAUAAUGUUCAUCUGCCUCCUCCUCUCACUCCUCCUUCACUCCGCAAAUGUUUUCUGA